CAGCACCCCCUUCGUCCCGUGCCACCUCUUCCAGAAAUAACGUAUCUUGUUGUCUCUUGAAGCUGUUUACUGAGGACCCGCUGAAUGUCAAGCUUUGUACCUAAGUUAUCUCCCUUUCUGGAACAGCGGACAAGGUCAACUUCAUGGCUGUUGUUGAGUCAAAGGAAACUUCCUAUUUGCUCCCUCCAAACCCUGAGGACUGGGAAAAGCAAGGCAUCCCUGACUUUGUCUAUGGGCAGAAGGAACUCACUAUGGAAGGGAUUCACUGGCCCAGGAAUGCACCCGGCGCCCUGGACACACUGCCAGUGUCUCGCUUUGACUCUGCCCUUCUCUCCGCCUGGAGGCAGCGAGUGGAGCUGGGGUUGUUUCGCUACCGCCUGGGGGAACUGCAGACCCGAAUCCUCCCAGGUUCUGUGGGGUUUGUAGCUCAGCUGAAUAUAGAACGAGGGGUGCAGAGGAGGCAACCUCAGAACAUCAAGAGUGUGAGACAGGCCUUUGAUCCUGAACAGUUUAACUUCAAUAAAAUCCGACCUGGAGAGGUCCUCUUCCGUCUGCACCCGGAGCCAAAUGGCCAGGCUGUUCUUGAGCAAGAGGACAUUCUAGUGGUAAUUAAUGUCAGCCCCCUGGAGUGGGGCCAUGUGCUGCUGGUUCCUGAGCCUGCUCGGGGGCACCCUCAACGCCUGCUACCUGGUGUGCUGCGAGCGGGGCUCGAGGCUGUGCUACUAAGCUUGCACCCUGGCUUCCGGGUGGGCUUCAACAGCCUGGGGGGCUUGGCCUCUGUGAACCACCUUCACCUGCAUGGCUAUUACCUGGCUCACAGACUGCCCGUGGAGGGGGCACCAAGCACACCCCUGGAUCCAGAGGGCCAUAUGCAUCUGCUGCAGGCCUUCCCAGCCCCUGGCUUCCUCUUUUACACCAGUGGGUCAGGGCCUGACUUGGAAUCCUUGAUUAGCAGGGUAUGCCGGGCAACUGACUAUCUGAGUGACCAUGAGAUUGCACACAACUUGUUUAUAACCCGAGGAUCUCCACCUGGAAAGCCAUCACCUUCCUCGCCCCUCACAGGAGUCCGGGUAAUUCUGUGGGCCCGGAAGUCCAGCUUUGGAAUAAAGGAAAGUGGGGCUUUCAAUGUUGCCCUGUGCGAGCUGGCUGGACACCUCCCUGUCAAGACGUCUCAAGAUUUCAGCAGCUUGACGGAGGAAGUGGCCGUGGCUCUCAUUCAGGACUGUCUGCUGCCCCAGGACCAGGCAGAUGAUGUGCAGGCAGCUCUGUUGGCUCUAAUGGUCCCAGAAGAACUGUGAUCUUUCUCCAGGAUCUGCUCUCUGAUCUGAGGCCCUUUCCCUAGGGGUAUUCCUCAUGGCCAUUUGGGCAUUUCUUUCUAUGACUGCCUUCCUGCUUCUCUUAGUCUAAGAAGGAUAAAGGAAACUAAUUAGUGGGCUCUUGUGAAGGGAAUUGUAAAGCCAGUACAUGUGUUCUCAUGGAUGUUUCUGCUUCUUCUCACCUCUUAGACAAGCUCCAAGGGUAGCAAGAGUGAGAGUUGAAUUCACGCUCCUGACUUGAUAUAUGGACCUGUUCUUGACUCUGACAGUUCAUAAAUGUGUCUGUCAUGGAGCGAUUACUGCUACUUCCUCACUUAUCUUUGCUGUACCUCCUUUGCCCACCACUGAUUUUUGUUUGUUUGUUUUUCAAGGCAAGGUUUUGCUCUAGCCCAGGUUGACCUGGAAUUCACUAUGUAUUCUCAGGCUGGCCUUGAACUCAUGGUGAUCCUCCUACC